CUCCACCCCCGGUUCUGAGCCUCCAAAAUCAUUUAAAAGACGCUUCUCAGCCCUCUCUCAAACAGUCAGCACUCCUUCAGGCAUCGAGCAGUGAAAGAGUCCAACUGAGCAAACGCAACCGAGCAAAUUCGUUUGAAUUUGAUAAACUUGAGCAACUUCUUUGCCAUCUACAGGCCACUACUACUACAACUUGAGUUGUUUUCCCCGUUCAUUUUCUUUUUCUCGCGUUGAAGCAACAAGAGAAUAGCAUUCAGCAUGUCUCUCCACAGCAACAUCCUCCGCAUCGGAUGCAAAGCCCUUCUGGCCGAUGUGUCCUCGCCUUUUCUGCUGAGGACCAACUCGCUCCACAAGACAGCCACCAGUGGCUCACUACGUGUCGCCGCGGAACACGACGCGGAUAAUUUGGUGCCUCCUGCGAUGGAGGUGGGAGAAACGGAGAAGGCAGUUCGAGUGAAGCCCCUGAAGGAGAUGCCGGGACCCAGCGCCAUCAGUAAUCUGAUUGAGUUCUUUUAUCGGGACGGCUUCUCCAGGAUCCACGAAAUCCAGAUGGAUCACUCGCAGAAGUACGGGAAGAUUUUCAAGUCUCGCUUCGGGCCGCAGCUGGUGGUGUCGAUCGCGGGCCGUGACCUGGUGGCGCAGGUGUUGCGGGCGGAAGCGGCCGCCCCGCAGAGGGCCAACAUGGAGUCCUGGAAGGAGUACCGCGACAUCAGGGGCCGCUCCACCGGCCUCAUCUCAGCGGAGGGUGAUGAUUGGCUGAAGAUGCGGAGCGUGCUGCGCCAGCUGAUCAUGCGUCCGCGUGACGUGGCGGCCUUCUCGGAUGACAUCAGCGGCGUGGUGGUGGACCUGGUCAAGCGCAUCAGGCAGCUCCGGACCGAGCAGCCGGACAAACACACCGUGCUCAACAUCAACGACAUGUACUUCAAAUACGCCAUGGAGGGCAUCGCGUCCAUCCUGUACGAGACCCGUCUGGGCUGCCUGGAGGACAGCGUGCCCAAGACCAGCCAGGAGUACAUCGCCGCGCUCAACCUCAUGUUCAGCUCCUUCAAGACCACCAUGUACGCCGGCGCCAUUCCCAAGUGGCUCCGCCCCCUCAUUCCCAAGCCCUGGGAGGAAUUCUGCAGCUCCUGGGACGGACUCUUCAAAUUCAGUCAGAUGCACGUGGACAAGAAACUGGCGCAGAUCAGGAACACCGUGGCCCGCGGGGAGCCAAUCAAGGGAGGCCUUCUCACACACAUGCUCGUCACCAUGGAGAUGAACAAGGAGGAGAUCAUCGCCAACAUGACCGAGAUGCUGUUGGCUGGAGUUGACACGACCUCCUUCACGUUGUCGUGGGCAACGUACUUGUUGGCGCGGCACCCUCAGGUGCAGCAGCAGAUCUUCGCGGAGGUGAGGCAGACUCUGGGGGACAGGAUACCCACGGCUAACGACGUCCCCAACCUGCCCCUCGUCCGAGGCCUGGUCAAGGAGACGCUCAGACUUUUCCCUGUUCUUCCUGGAAACGGUCGCAUCACCCAGGACGAUCUGGUCGUGGGCGGAUACUUCUUACCCAAAGGGACUCAGCUCGCCCUGUGCCACUUCUCCACCUCGAUGAGCGAAGAGAACUUCCCCGGGGCCGAUGAGUUCCGCCCGGAGCGCUGGAUCCGGAAAGAUCAGACGGAUCGAGUUGAUAACUUCGGCUCCAUCCCCUUCGGUUACGGAAUCCGCAGCUGCGUCGGCAGGAGGAUAGCCGAACUGGAGAUGCACCUUGCUCUCACUCAGAUCGUCCAGAACUUCAGCAUCGAGGUUUCACCCGACACUGACGACAUCAAGGCCAAGACCCACGGCCUCCUCUGCCCGGGUGGCCCCAUCAAUCUGAAGUUUGUGGACAGAGUGUAAACCUUAAUACUGUCCUUUUUGUGUAUAUAUAUAUAUCUAUACGACGGAGUGUACUUUGACCAGGCGUACGAAAAACCCACUCAACUUGGCUUAGAGAGUUUCUGAGCCACUGAGCAUUGGGUUUUAUAUCAAUUCAAGCUUGCUCAGACACAUCUGGCCAGUCUAUACGGUUACAUUCAGAAACAUUUGGGUACUGUGGCUUUUCUGCACCUAGCUGCUGUUAGACAGGACUUAGGUGACACCGGGUCCAUAAUACUGUAGUUUGAUGGACAUGAUACAAUGUGUUGUGUCAUUGAGGUCAUAGUCAUGUCAGAGAUGCAUCAUGUAGUCUGAUGUCUUCUGCUAUGGCCAUGAACUGUAGAAGUUAAAGCAUUUGCCGGCCCACAGUCUCACUCUGCUGGUCAAUGUUUCUGUAUUUCAAGAUGUGUUUUAGACCAAAUAGCCACUGAGGCAAACAAUUUUAAAAUGUCUUUUCAAUCUACAGUUGUGACAAGCACUCUCUGGUGAAAUGAAAACAGCAUUUUUUUUUUAACAGAUAUAAAUAGGUUUUGUAUUGAAAUGCUUUGUUACCAUUGGCUAUUUAACACUACGACAUUCUACAUGCCUGUUACAGUCUUAGGAGAAUGCACCACCUAGUGGUCAGAAUCUCCUUAUGUUUCACAUUUGUAAACAACCACUACUGUUUGUGCAUUUGUUUUUAUAUUCAGUGACAUCAAAUAAGCAUAUGUGUGAUCAUAAAUGAUCCUUUGAUGAUGUUUGAACUAGAGAUAUUUAGUUCUCAAUUUUAUUUGUUCUAUAGUUAUAUUUGUCAAUGCCCUUAAGUUACAUCAAAGUGGGGAGAUGUGGAGUUGCCAAUGUAUAUGUUGGAUAAGAGAUGGUUAUGUUGGAGCUAGCUUGCUGCAAAGGGAUUCAGGCAUGUUGUUGGCUGUGCGGUAGCCUUUCUUGAAUGUGCUGCCAAGUGAGGUUACGCUGUUGUGUGGGGACUAAACAGUCUGGAAGUGAAGUAUGUCAAGACCUCUUGGUGUAACCAAUUUUAUUUAUUUUUUCCUGUAAUAUUAUACACCUUUCUGCCUUACCUGUAUGCCUUAUUUCAUUCUGCUGAAGCUUUUAACUGCUUAGAUGGAUGUGUGGAAAAUGUGUGUGGUUAAAUUAACUGUAUCCUUUUAAACCUCAUGAAUGAUUGUAUGAUGUGCAACUGGACUGUAAAAGUGUUCAUAAUAACGUAACUGUGUGCUUUUUAACAGUAUGCAUUGCACUUGCUGUAGAGGUGAUGAAACUGUAUAACUUAAUAAACAGGGUACUCUCUGAUUGCCAAUA